GGAGGCCGCAGUGGCCUACUCUCUCCUCUACCAUUAGUCGGAUUCCUCAUAGAGUUUAAGGAAAUGUUGUAAUACAGAGUUCAUUAGUUCAGGAUUGUUUUCUCUGUUAUGUGUUACAUUUUUUAAAUAAACAUGAAGUCAAGCUUAUCUUUGGUCUGUUUCUGAUGUGAAUUUGUUUUUUUCUUUACAGACAUUCAAGACAGCCUCCCAAGCAAACCAAUGGCCUGCAAAACCAGAAUGGGACCAGAACCUCAUAAGAAUUUAAAACUUAGAUCUGAAUUCAAGACACAUUCAUAUCUUUGGCCACAAAUAUGACCUGCAGAGAUUGCAAGCAAAUACUGUAUAUGAACAGGGAUACCUAUGAUUGAGGAAAAUGUCUGGCCAUUUUGCUGCACUUGCAGCUUGGUGCUUCCUACAAAUUGGUCUGUUACUUCACAAACUGGUCCCAGUACAGACCUGACCCUGCCAGAUAUAAACCAGCAAAUGUGAACCCAUGCCUGUGCACACAUGUCAUCUAUGCCUUUGCUACCAUGAGCAACAAUAAAAUCGCUCCCUACGAAUGGAAUGAUGAUGUUCUCUAUCCACAGUUCAAUGGCUUAAAAGAAUACAAUGAAAACAUGGUCACCCUGUUGGCCAUCGGAGGAUGGAACUUUGGCACCCAGAAGUUCACUACAAUGGUUGCUACACCUGCUAAUCGCCAGACUUUCAUCAAUUCUGUGAUUGCUUACCUUCGUCAAUAUGGGUUUGAUGGGAUUGACCUGGACUUUGAAUACCCAGGGUCUCGGGGCAGCCCUCCUGAGGACAAGCAUCGUUUUACUCUCUUAGUCCAGGAAAUGCGGGCUGCUUUCUCAAAUGAAGCCACCAAGAGUGGGCGUCCCAGGCUGUUGAUCACAGCUGCUGUGUCUGCUGGCAAAGCAACUAUUGAUGCUGGAUAUGAAAUUGCUGAGAUAGGAAAGGUUAUGGAUUUCAUAAAUGUGAUGACCUAUGAUUUCCAUGGAGGAUGGGACACCUUCACGGGACACAACAGCCCGCUGCAUGUUGGAUCUGCAGACAAAGGAGAUUUUGUGUACUUCAACUGCGAAUUUGCUAUGAAAUACUGGCUAGAAAAUGGAGUUCCAGCUGAGAAGCUCAUCAUGGGGUUUCCUACCUAUGGCCGCACCUUCAGGCUUACUACCACAGACACAUCUGUUGGUGCUCCAGCAUCUGGUGCUGGAUCCAUUGGAACUUACACAAGGGAAGCUGGUUUCUGGGCUUAUUAUGAGAUUUGUACAUUCUUACCAGAAGCUACAAUUGUCUGGAUUGAAGAUCAGAAAGUCCCUUAUGCUUUCAAGGGGAAUGAGUGGGUUGGGUUUGACAAUCUAACCAGCUAUAAGUACAAGGUUGAAUUUUUGAAAGCAAACAAUUUUGGGGGUGCCAUGGUCUGGGCCAUUGACCUGGAUGAUUUCCUGGGCACUUUCUGCAAUGAGGGGGAAUAUCCUCUCAUAUCAUAUUUGAAGCAACUCCUUGACAUACAGACUCCAGACUGUGUACCUCCACCCCCUCCAACAGUCCCACCUCCCCUUAUUUUCUGUGAAGGGAAAGCUGAUGGUAUCUAUGCCAAUCCAGAUGACAAAUCGAAGUUCUACGAGUGCUUCGGUGGCAACACAAUCCUCAAGAGUUGUGGAGACAGUUUGGUGUUUGAUGAGAGCUGUAAAUGUUGUAACUGGCCUUGA